AUGCAUAGCCUCAUUGAGCGACGCAAGACCCCAUGGCUUGAUAUGCCAUUGGUGUUUUCAGGAAACUACAGAGAAUAUGAAUGCAUGCUAGACGAGACCUGGCAGUGCGACUACCAGCAGGGCUACUGGAGAUUCUGGUACGAAGCCGAUCAUAGAUAUGCUCUACCGACAAUCGCAUUCUUCCUUGCUGUGAUCAUCGUCUUCACUAUAGCAUACAUCGCGAGCCAUGUCUUACCAAAGAGAGUGCUCCGGACGCGACCCAUGAUCAAGACGAAGGCACUAUUCCGAUAUCUCUCUUACCGAACCAUCAGAAUCAAACUACUAGAUUGGAACUCAGCGCCUAUUGGCCUUUUGAUGUUAGCAGCUAUCGCCAUGAUAUUCUUCUUUAGCAUGACUCUUGGCCCAAGACCAUACUACUGGCCCGUCACGGCAGAUUUUGGAUCGUCCCCUCCCAUCGCAACCAGAGCAGGAUGGAUGGGGCUGGCUUGUAUGCCGUUCGUCUUUGCCACAGCAGGAAAGGCUAACCUCAUAACCUUCUGUACUGGCGUGUCACAUGAAAGACUUCAGGUGUUCCAUCGUUGGAUUUCCUAUGUUUUCUUUAUCCUUGCGCUAGUUCAUACGUUUCCCUUCAUCAUAUACAACUUCCAAAUGGGAAUGAUGUCCGACAUGUGGAAUGAGACAGUCUUUUACUGGACGGGGGUCGUCGCACUGGUCGCCCAAGCAUGGUUGACCUUUGCUUCAUUGAGUCCAUUGCGAAACUUGUGUUAUGAAUGGUUCAAAUUUUCUCACUUUUUGGCCGCAUUGAUAUUCAUUCUAUUCCUUUUCUUCCACUGCGACGCUACAUUAACGGCAUGGGACUAUUUUGUUGCCACAGGCGUGUUGUUUGCCCUGUCAUGGCUGUAUCGUCAGACUCGUAUAUAUUUUGAGCAUGGCCUCAACCAUCGUGCUGAGUUGAGCCGCACCUCGAACGGCUUCAUCCGAGUCAGCAUACCCACAAAGGCAACGUGGACAGUGGGCCAGCACUAUUUCGUCCGCUUUAUGGCACUUGGCAUGCAUGCUUGGACAAUUCAUCCUUUCAGCGUGUGCUCUGUCUCUUCACAUGAUAUGAAUCUCUCCAAAGAAGGCAAUGAAUUGUUGUUCUAUAUCAGGCCUCGUGGUGGAUUCACAUCUCGUUUGGCCGACUUUGUUGGAUCCAAUCCGAAUAUGAAGGUUAGAGUACUUCUGGACGGGCCGUAUGGUGGUGUAUCGCCCAAAACUAUUACAGGUCGCCGGCGUCUGUUAGUUAUCGCUGGCGGAUCGGGGGCUGGUUGGACAUUUCCCUUCAUCUUGGAUUUCUUGAAGCAGUUACCUAAACGAGAGUCCGUGGUGGAUAUGGGACCAUAUAUAUCUCUUCGAAUUAUCUUGGCCACACGAGAACUUUCAACCGUGGAGUGGUUCGAGAAAGAAGUUCAGCAAAUACUUGACUCGCUGUCGGUGUUUCGAACUCCGGGCCUCGAAGUUGAGAUUUAUUACACAGGAUCUGACGCAAUUGAGCAGAGACUGGUAACCGAGCGACUGCCAGCUACACAAAAUGAUCCUGAGAAGGCUCAUGAGCUCCAACGAAAUCAAGGAAAGCCGAUGUCGAACUCAGAUGUGUCAAAACCAUAUUAUGCACAAAACGUCCAGCACGUUCAACAGCAUGAUUCGAGACCUGAUUUAGCGACCAUAGUAGCAGAGGAAGCUAGAGCAAUCAGUCAAGCCCAAGACUUAAGUGUGUUUGUGUGCGGACCACUGAGCAUGCAGAACGACGUCUCCAACAUUGUAGCUCAGGAACAGCUGGUUGUGGCAAAGAGAGGCACAGGAGACAUCUGUCUUCAUUUAGAACAUUUCUCCUGGGCAUAA